CCUACCCGGAGUGCUCGCGCCGCGCCAGGCUCGCCCGGGUCCGCGGCGAGACAUGCCCGAGCCGGGAGCUGCACCGACCUCGACUUAUCUGUAAGCAGCGGAAGGAACCAUGGUCAGCAAGGACGCGGGCCAGUGCGCACUCACGACCUCAGAGAGCGACGUGGAGCCCGCCGCCGGCCUGGCCCUGGAGAUGAAAUACGCCCUGGACCCCAACCGGCAGAUCAAGAAGCGGAACAAGGCCCUGCAGGUGCGGUUCAAGGACAUCUGCGAGGCGCAGAUCGAGCAGCGGGACACGCAGCUGGCCGCGGGGCCGGCGGCCGAGAGGCGCGAGGCCAGGGCCGCGUCCUACCGGGCGGCCUACCGCAAGUACAUGACGGUGCCCGCCCGCCGGUCCAUCCCCAACGUCACCCGGAGCACCGGCGUGCAGACCUCGCCGGACCUGAGGAAGUGCUACCAGACGUUCCCUCUGGACCGCAAAAAGGGGACCCUCAAAGGCCUCCCGGCCGCGGACGCCUUUAAAAGUCAGAACAACGGGUUUGCCAUCGACGCGAAGGAGAGGAGCGAGGCGGGGCCCGGGGCGGAGGCCGUGCCCUGGGCGGCGGGCCGGGUGCAGAAGACGGCCGCCCUGGUGUUCCGCUCCCACCAACACAUGGACGUGCUGGUCCAGCCCACGGGGCUCAGCUGUGCGGAGCUGUGCAGGGACCCUGGCGGGCACAGCUGCCCGGGCAGAGCUCACCAAAACGCCCCCCGGCCUCCCUCCCAGGAGCCCGCCCACCAGCGGUACCGGACAGCCAAACCGGACCGGGCCGCACCGGACACGGAGGAGCCUGCUCCCUCGGCCCAGGGCCGGGUGUUUAAAACGGAGGUGGCCGCCGUCUACGCACCUGCCCCCGGUGCCACGGCCCCCGAGCCCGCCUUGUCUAACUCGGCCGCCACGAGCCAGUGGUCCCUCUGCCCCGCGGAGGACGAGGGACGGGGCAGGGCCGCCCAUCUCAACGGGCUCCAGGCACCCCCGACGCAGUGCCUGUCCCCCGAAUGUAGUGACCGCGCCCCGCAGCCUCCGGCCCCCUUGGGGCGGGAGCACCAGCCUUGCCCGGCAGGGGCGGCCGGGGGUGAAGAAUGCCAACAAACCGUGCCUCCCACGGAAGUGGUGGACCUCAAGGCGCAGCUGCAGGUGAUGGAGACCCUGAUCAGCUCCAGCCAGGAAACCAUCAAAGUGCUCCUGGGGGUCAUUCAGGAGCUGGAGAAGGGCGAGGCCCACCGCGAAGGGCUCUCCUACCGGACUGGGCAGGACACAGCUAACUGUGACACGUGCAGGAACAGCGCGUGCAUCAUCUACAGCGUGGAGCUCGACUUUAAGCAGCAGGAGGACAAACUCCAGCCGGUUCUGAGGAACCUCCACCCCUUUGAGGAAUCUCAGGUUGCCCCUCCGCCUUACUCUCAGGAGACGCACUCCUCAACGCCCAAGCAAAAAUCCAAAACGGAAUCUAAAAAGCACGGGAGGUGGAAACUCUGGUUCCUUUAACACUCGUGGUGUCUGGAGUCGACAGGCCGUCUUUAGAGCCCACGGGGGUUCAGCCCGUCCUUUUCCGAAACGAAGAGGACCCAGGGAACCGUGCCGCCGCGGGCGCCCCCCUGUUUACCAAAAAGGCCUUCGUACUAACGGACCACCGACAGCGAGGGGGUCCUGUCGCCGCUUGCCGGCGGCUCCCUCGCCGUCCUCGGAUGUGAGACGUGAAACACUGAACAAAACUUAAGGCAAAGGGGACAAGUAGCCACGCUGCCCCCACCCGGCUCGCGGAGCGUGACCGUCAGCCUGCGGUCGGCAGGCUGGCCCCUGCGCACAGCUGAAACCCAUCACGACUUCCAAGCCUUCAUUUUAAAGACGGAGAGAGAGAAAAGCAAGCCUUAUGUUUGCAACAGACUUCAUUUUUUUACCUUUCAUUUUGCAACUACGCAGGGGCAGGGGCGGUUUUCAGCACAUCCAAUUCCGGAGAAAGCACAACUUUUUCAAGUGGUCGGAGACCAUGACUCAUCUCUCACAUGGGACGCUAUGUGUAUCUGCCUUCACGUGCUGUAGCGCUCAGCCAAGCGACCCCAUCUCGGGGCGUCUCUGACCCCUGACACUCAGCAUCCCCCACAUCGCCACACCUGCGCCAUGUUUACUGCUCACUUCCCGACGGCCAGCCGCCAGGAGCCCCCCAGCGUCAGGUCAGGCCUGUCGCCGCUGCAGGUGACCGGGCCAGAGAGCUACUGGACACACUGAGCUUUCUGAGAUCUCGUUUUUAAUCUUUUGAUACCCAAAGGCCAAAUGCUGAAUUCCAGCGAGAAUUCGAGAACCCACGUACGUAGAGAUACACAAUGGAUAAACACCGUCACCAGUAAGUCCCGGGCGUUCUCUGCCUCGGGGAAGCGUCUCUGUGAAUCAAUCUCGCAGACAUGGUUCCUCAGGGCGCAGGCAGGCGUCUGGUACCAUCUGUUGCGCCUUGUAACAAUGGGGCGGCCUGACCGCCUCAGAGAGCAACAGUGUGUUUAGUUCAGCUGCUACUGUCACCCGCGUAGGAUCGCCUACACCUAACCUAGUCGUAACCUGUACGCCCUGAAAUGCCUAGCGGGAAGCUGUGAAUCAGAUGUUUCUAGGUAUUUUUUCAAUAAGCCAGGACAGAGGUCUCUUUUGAUUACACAUUGCAAUACAAAUCUGAGUUCCUUUAUUUUUUCACUCAUUCCUUUGCAAGUAUCUUUUGAUAGAAAUCAAAACCCCCUGGUCUAUUGAAUGACUUUGUCUAUCAGUGUUUUUUUUUUGCUUUUCACAAGAAGAAGAAGUAGGGAUCUCCUUUUGCCUUUUUUUUCCGUACAAAUUAAACUUUGAAUAGUUUGUGAACAUACGAGAAAACCUAGUCUUCGAGUUUCUGUCCCACCGUCUGACAUCUAAGCUACUGCCGACACGCACACGUCGCGGAUCAGCUGCCGGGAAGGAGCGGUGGCUCCGGGCAGGGCCGCCGCCGGCAUCGGGCAUCGCCGGAAGGAGAGCUGCUCCUUGCCUUGCGUUUUCCUCCUGACCCAGCAGCGAGUCUGCUUCUGUCCCAGGUGUGUCCAUUCUACAGGGCCCUCGCGGUGGUCAGGCCUCAGAGCAGAACCUGAAACCACGCAGGCAGCCAUCCUUCGGGAGUUCCUCCCGCCGGCCCUCAGCCGUCCGCUUUAAUUGCAAGAAAACACACAUCUUUCGUGGAAACGCCGCACAAGGGACUCGGAUCCUUGGAGGUCAGUCAGCGGGACUGGGAGCUAUUUUUGUGCGAAAGAAGGACGCAGCGGAGGGUCCCGAACCACGAAGGAAGAGCGACUGUGUCACGGAGACGUGGAAUGGAAAACACGUGUUUCAUGUCUUUUAUACUGUUUUUCACUGACGUUUAAAAUGUUCGCGACACGUUGUCUCUCCUGUGUCCCGAUCACCCCCAGCUCUGGGUGACCGGAAGCGAGGGGAGGCGCGGCUUUCUAACGAGCCCGAUAAAUCCGCCCACACCGCCCUCGCACACAAAGCGACGUCCCUGGGGAGAGCAGUCUAGGUUCAAAACAACGACAAAUAAAAUGCGCGGAGUCUGAAGGAGACUGAAGAUAUGCUCACUCCUAUUUAAAAAUAGCACCUUCUUUGGAAUAGGGGAAAAAAAAGUAUUUCCAAAGGCAUUUCGUAGUUUAAUCACAAUGUGUCACUAACAUGAUGCGUCUCUUAGAAAGAUUCAAGUCAAAACUUUGAUACAAAAAACAAGGUAAACAGUCGUGUUCCUUCCUAUAUAGAUGUUCCCAUGGCAUUACGUAUAGAGACUAAAUUAUUAUACUUGUCACUAAGUUCUUUAUUAGUUUUUAAAUAAAAAAAAAAAGAAAGGUAA